UUACGCACCACCAUUCUGUUCACUCCAGACAGCAGGACUUUCUGUAAGCGCCUGUGCCACGAGAUAAAAGUUUACAAGGAACCGGAGAGUGGACUUUUUUCCCCCCGCAUGACAAGCCAGAGGCAGAAACAAGCGCGCAAUCAAGACAUCUGGUGAACAUCUGCAUGACUGACGCCGGACGCAUCUCGCCAUGAACGCGACGAUCUUGAACAGCACUCUGUUUGCGCACGGCGCUUUGCUGAACAGCAGUCAGCAGCUCGCGGGCACGCUGGUGGACGAGGUGAGCGCGAGCGACGGCGGCGCCGGGGCCGGUGGAGGAUCUCUGGUGCUCGAACCGGAUGAGCGCAAGCUGUUCGUGACGCGCGCCGUGCAGAUCGCGGUGCUGUGCGUGCUCUCGCUCACGGUCGUCUUUGGCAUCUUCUUUCUCGGCUGCAACCUCAUGAUCAAGUCCGAGAGCAUGAUCAACUUCUUGGUGAAAGAGCGGCGGCCGUCGAAAGACGUCGAGGCGGUGAUGAUCGGACUCGGGUAAGAGCAGGGAGUGAGCGCGAGGACAGCAGGUCUGUGCACCCGGGCGGAGGAUCGCCGCGCGCCUGCUUUCAUGUCGUGCAGCAGCGCGAGGAUAUGCAACUCGUUCAUUUCGUCGAGGAAAAGCUGAACGAGAUUUUUCAAGUGUCUUUAAAAGUCUCUUUCAUUCCAGUGACUCUCACAGAAACGGAAUUUGCACGCUGAGAAUGUAUCGAUGUUUAUUCAUGUUUAAUUUCGUUCCACUAUAGGCUAUUUGUUCUGUUAAAAUGAAUAUUCGAUUGAUUCCAGUUUGUUGCAUUCGAGGUGUUUGACCUUUACAGUGAAAAACAACAUGUUUACACGUUUUUACCUCAAGUGCAAAACUUGAAACUUAACUUCCAAAAUGCAUGCAGCUGAAUGGAGUAAAUGUAGCCUAUGCAUCUGGCACAGUGGGUGUUUGUAAUUUCGAAAGAUGUUUAAGUGUCAUUUUGUUCCGCACGUUUUGGAGGAAAUAUUGAUCAUCGGUAAUAUUUGCACGUUUUCCUACAAGUCCAUAGGUUCUUUGCUGGAGAUGCAGCAUGUGCAAUGCUCUUUCUGAGUUCUUCUGUCUUGCACUUUCUUAUGAAACUUCAGUGCUGCUGCAUGAACUGUUUUGUACAUAACAAUGAAACUUGAAGUAGUCUUGUUCAAAGUUGCUUUAAUAUUUUCCAUCUUUUAUUUCAAUUGUGGACUUUCUUUUAUAACAGUAGUCAGUCCACGG